AUGAUCGAUCCUGAUGAACCAUUUUAUUGGCAAGAUUGGGAAAUUUUUAAUGUUAAGUUUUGGGCCUUACGUUAUUGUUUAUUUUCAGCACUCGGACGCAAACAGAUAGAGUUAAAGGAAUUGUUAAAAGGAGCACAUUAUUCAGAUAAUUUAGAUGUGAAUGCAAAUGUGGAUAUCCCUGAUCACGUUAGCACGCAUUAUCUUAUUCAUCGAUUUCCUCCUUCUGAUGCUAAUUAUGAUAUGUUAAAUACUGAGGGUAAAACUUGUAAUAUUUCACUUAAAGAUAAUAGUAAAAUUUGUAAAAAUGGAGGAGGGGCAGAAGGAGAUGGGUUUUGUUUCUUGAUAAUUAAUGGGAGGCCAAUGUUUUUGUCGUUUCAAAUGAAGUGGCGAGAGCAAGAUUCAACGAAACCUGAAAAAAUUGAUGAUGGUUUAAUCAAAGAGGAGUAUGAAAAGUCUAAAAAAGUCGCAGAAAAGAUUGGUUUGGGUGAUAACUGGUUACUGCUGAUUUUAUCAAAUCGUGAGAGUACCUAUACAAAGGACCUACUACCAAAUUGUGCUAUUGUUUACAAAGAUAAUUUUAAUAAUUUUUAUGGUAAAAUAUAUUUGUCACGUGCUCAAUUUUUCGCAGCUCAAGACAAAGUUCCUAUUAAUACGGCAAGAUUUUGUGAAAUACGAGCUAUAUAUG